AUGUUGCAAAAACCACCCUUCCUCUUUCUCUCCGACGACAAUGAUCACAACAAUCUCCGGUACACGAGCUUGAAAGAUGUGAUCUCGAGUUCCGAUGGAUUCGGUUCGUUGUUUUGUCACCACAACCAGUCUGUUCCUUCGUCACAGGAAGGGUUUCUCUUGUCCGAGAUGGAUUCUUCCAACAUCGCCAUCAGAAACGAGCUCGUGAAAAGAGCAGCUUCCAUGUACCUUCAAUCUUCAAUGGUCGUCUCUGCUCCUGACACGAACUGGUUUCAGAGAUUCUGUUUGAAGGCUAAGCAUCAGGCGGUUGCUGCGGUUGAUUGUCUCAGACCGGUUUACCGGAUUUUCGCUCGGUAG